AUGAAAUGUUGUCUGAUGUUCGCCUCCCUGCCUCGCACCCAGCUGCCUCUGUUGCUGAUGAUGGAUAUUGAAACGAGGAAGAUAGCGACGUUUUCUUCCGCAUCCGCUAGUGAAACCGGAUCCGUCGACCCCAUGGCGGUGUCGAAAGCAGAAGAGGUGAUUGAUUCUCUUUCCCUGUCGUCUGGCGCUCGAUUCUCCUUCGCUGCUAUCUGA